AUGGAGUCCAUUACUCCUCCUCAUUCUAGCAAUGGCAAUCCAUUAAAUAAUCCUAAUCCUAAUCCUAAUCCUAAUCCUAAUCCUAAUUCUAAUCCCUCACCAACCUCCUCUACUAAACCUUCGAAUCAAAUCGUCACCAAUACCUCUCCUCCAGCCGCACAAAGCUCAGAUCCAAAUGCCAACGAAUCUCCCAUCACCUCUCCAACUAUCAUCUCGCCCAGUUCAACAAUCUCCCCUCCUUACUGGCAACAAUCGCACACACGCUCUAUUUCCCACAUCUCAAUAGAUUCGAUUCGUUCAAGCGGGAUCACUCUGCAGGAUAAUACCGCGGAUGGGGAUGAGGACGAUACAAAUAUAAAUGAAAGGGGGAAAAAUGAAGCUUGUUGGGCGAGAAGUGUAGUGAUUGAAGAUUAUGUCGUUGUGAAUGGGAGUGGAAUUGGUGGGAUAGGAGGAAUUGCGGGGAAGGGACUAGGGAAGGGACUAGGAAUAGGAGGGGGAAUUGGCGCAUUUGUGGUCUGGAAUGUGAAGGUUGAUACUUUGGAGGGAACUCCAAUAAUCAUCCGGAAACGCUACAGCGAAUUUGCAGAUCUACGAACGAAACUUCUUCGCACAUUUCCUAAUUCGGCGGGCACAAUACCAGAAUUACCAAGGAAAAGUGUUAUAUCGAAGUUUCGACCAAAGUUUUUGGAAAAUAGGAGGAGUGGUUUACAGUAUUUUCUUAAUUGUAUAUUACUCAAUCCUGAAUUUACGAGCUCGCCUGUGCUCAAGGAAUUCCUAUUCUCUUGA